AUGGACCGCUCACGGUCCCAAUCGCGCCACCCCCGACGACGCCGCCGCCCAUCGCCAACCUCCUCACCCUCCCCGUCCGCGUCCCCCUCGCCGCCGCCCCCGUCGCGGUCCCGCUCGCAGUCCCGCCACCGGCGACGCGUGCCCUCCCUCUCGCGCUCUCCAUCGACGUCAUCGCGCUUCGCCCGGUCCCGGUCCCGAGCUCGCUCAUCCAGCAGCAGUAGCGGCGAUAACAGCCAGAAGCGGAGGGCGAGGAAGCAGCAGCGGCACAAGGAGAAGAAGGAGGGCCUCAUCAAGGGCUCCGCGGGGCUACUGCUCGGCAUCGGCGUGGCCGCUGUCGUGGCGCACAAGUUUUGGCCCAAGGGCAUCCUCUACGGCGGCAAGGAGGAGUGGGAGGCUGAGGUCAAGGAGAAGAUUGUGCAGCGGCGGCGGCCGAGGUCCGGGGAGGGGAGGAGGUUCGCCGGGCCGGGGACUGACGAGGACGAGCGCGAUCGACGGCGGAGCCGUGGCCGGAGCAGGGACGGCUACGGGUAUGGGUAUGAUCGCGGGGACGAGUAUCGGCCAAGGAGGGUGCGCAGCCGCGGCGGGGGGGUCUACUACUAUGACGACGCCGACGAGGAAGCCCAGGCACACGCGAGGGGCCCUCGCGAUGGACGUCUCGCUCCCGACCCCGGCCCCGGACCCGGAGGCGGAGACGACGUCCGCCGCACGCGCAGCACCACCCGCCCCAUCUUCCGCCCCCGAACCCCCAGCGAGGAGCGCUGGCGACGCGAGGACGAGCCGCUGCAGCGCGCGCGCGAAGCCCGCAACGACCAACGCAUGAGGCGCCGCGUCCAGGCCGGCUACUCCUCCGACGGGCCCUAUCCCCCUCCGCCGCCUCCUCCUCCUGGCGUCGUCAUCCCUCCGCCGCCUCCUGCCGGGUCCAGUUCCUCGGCGGGAUACGCCCAGGAGAGGUAUUACCGGCGGGACCGGUCCAUAGCACACCCGGACGAGCCGGUCUACGUGGUGGAGAGGACGCCGUGGUGA